AUGCUCCUACAGCCCAACCCUGAGCUGACCGACAAACACGGGCCGAAGCAGAAACACGAUCGGGAAUCACGUGUUGCUCAGGACACCCCUCAAAUUUUCGCUACAUCGGAGCAUCCCAAGACGCUGACAUACGCUAAGCAUCUUUCCUUCGCUCCAUCACCAUUACUGGUGCGCAGUGCCAGAAUGUCGGCCACCUUUGCCCACUACCAAGGCCCUGCUUCACUUCCAUCCGAUUAUGCCAUUGUGUCGCGGUACGCCGCAGCGCACCCAGACAAUGAGGAGUCCAUUGACUCAGAGGACGAGGACGAGCGAUCCAUAUCAUCAAGUAACUCCACUGAACGCGUAGACUCGCGAGCUCACAGCCCGCGGCGGAAGAGUUUUCCCUCCGCACCCUACCUCCGCCGCCCCACUGUCAUGACCAUGCCAUCUAGGCAUUCACACCGCUCAGCGUCGAACGUCUCUGAGACUACACCGUUGCUGCCUGCGCCUGAUGUUCCCCGAAUGAUAGAGAGCAAUGACGGGGACAAUGCAGAUAGGCAGACGACGAUGUCGAUGUUCUGGGAAGAGCUGAGAGUGCUCACACGAUACGCACUCCCGGUAUACGGCACGCAUCUGCUCGAAUACAGCCUGGUAAUGGCUUCUGUUGUAUCUAUUGGUCACUUAUCGAUGACGGCCCUCGCAGCCAUCACACUUGGCUCCAUGACUGCCAGUGUUUCGGGGUUUAGUAUCAUCCAAGGCUUUACCAGUGCUUUGGAUACCAUGCUCCCUGCUGCGUGGACGUCAUCUGAUCCACAGUUGGUAGGACUUUGGUCGCAGAGAAUGUGUGUGGUUAUGGCGGCGACACUUGUACCUAUACUGGGCAUCUGGCUCAACGCAGAGAACCUCCUCCUGUUCUUGAAGCAAGAUCCGGAGGUUGCUAGACUUGCUGCUGUUUACCUGCGAUGGAUAUCAUUUGGCUUACCGGCUUAUGCCUUCAACUGUGUGAGUCGGCGGUACUUCCAGUCACAAGGGCUUUUUGCUGUUCCUACACGGAUCAUCUUCGUUGUCGCGCCGAUCAAUGCCCUACUGAACUACGCGCUUGUAUGGGGGCCCGAGCCCAUUCGCCUCGGAUAUAUCGGCGCACCGAUUGCUAGCGCCAUCUCAUUCAACCUCGUUUCCCUUGCAUCUAUCGUCUAUGGUGUGGCGUAUGUACCGAAGACUGCGUGGCAUCCCCUUUCUCGUAGAACCUUUACAAGUCUAGGCAUCUUGGUGCAACUUGGCCUUGCUGGAGUUGGACAAACCGCGUCUGAAUGGUGGGCUUGGGAGCUCGUGGGUCUUGCUGCCAGUCUGCUAGGUCCCGCCGUUCUCGCUACCCAAUCCGUUCUGUUAGUUUCUGCGUCUACGACCUUCCAGGCCCCCUUCGCUUUAGCUGUAGCUACUUCCGUCAGAAUUGGAAACCUGUUAGGCGAAGAGAAGGCCCGAAGAGCAGGCAUUGCGGCGAACACUGCUAUUGUUAUGGGAGUUGGAAUUGCCUUCAUCUGGAGUGCUAUGUUCCUCAUAUUCCGCAAAUCAUGGGCUCUCCUCUUCAAUGAUGAUCCUGAGGUCGUUAAACUCGUUGCGUCCAUUCUUCCCUUGGUGGCGCUCUUCCAAGUCUUCGAUGGUACAUCUGCUGUCACGUCUGGUAUCCUGCGAGCUCGCGGUAAACAAUUCACGGGCGCAUUGUUGAAUCUCAGCGCGUACUACGUGGUUGGCAUCCCCUUCGGCAUGUGGCUGACCUUCUCGUGGAAUCUCGGCCUAUACGGAUUGUGGAUCGGCCUUACGGUCUCUCUCGUCUACUGCUCCGUAUUCAGCACUCUAAUCGCAGUGCGCACGGAUUGGGACAGGGAAGUCAUGAAGGUGAUGGAAAGAGUUAAAAGCGGACACAAGGCCCGAGUCAGCGAAUCACACCACUAA